AGUUCUUUAGCAGUUGGAUUUCACUGUCGCUUAGCUUCUGCAAGUUAAUCGCUGAAUAGACAUUAGUUGUACGUUAAAACACUUCCGACUGUUCAAUAUCUAUGCAGGACGCGUCAGAGGCGAUGGCAAAACUUUUCUAAAUCAACAAUAGAUCAAGCAACAAGAUCAAAUAGCACGCGAUCGUGGCAAAAAGCUACUACUACCAAUGAUGUACGCGCAAGAAGCAUUUAUAAUAGGUUUAUUCUGAUAUAAUAUACUGAUCGUAGAGUUUCUAAGACCGCGCUAAAGUCAGCUCUCAUUAGAUGAAUAUUAUCCCGCUGAUCAAACUCGAAAAGGUUUGAUGACACUUCAAAGCGCCAAUGAAUUAGGAAUUUUCCGAACAUUGCCCUUAACGUUGGCAAAAAGGAAUGCCACCUUCCUAAUCGAAUGGUGCACUGCGUCUGGAGAAACGUUGCUGCAAACAGCAGUGCUCCACCACCAGCUUGAAGCAGACAAUUACUGCUAUAUCAUAGCGCCUCACCGCAAACGAAGCUUUCAGAAAAAACGAAUUUGCGAGCGGUAACGGCCCCGAUACAUAAUCCAGCAGCACGAAAGUUAAACUUCGGUACAGUCGCCUGCUCGACACUGCUGAAGCUACACCGAUACAUUACGCCUGUGGUGUAUGACAACUUGACAU